CGUGUCAAUUCAACAUUUUAGUUGCAAGAAAUAUUCUCUUGUAAGGUUUGUGUGUCACCCAAAUUAAAAAGAAAUAGUGAAUAAUAACUUUUUCUUAUCUUUUCUACUAUCUAUAUAUCCAUCACAGAACAAAACUUCCAUUGCUCUGUUCUGUUCUGUUUCUCUUUCUUCUCCCUCGUGUAACAAUGGCAUUCACACGUGCCACGCUCAUGCUAGCCAUGUCCCUUUCUCUGGUAGUAAUGUCCAUAGCCCAAGCACCCUCUCCUGGACCCAUCAUGCUGCACACUCCUUCACCUGCCUCCUCCCCUGAAUCAUUGCCACCAGAAAGCCCAAGCCAGAGCCCGAGCAUGAGCCCAAGCAUGAACAUGAGUCCAAGUAUGAGCCCACCUUUCCCUACUGAUGCUUCACCAUCUCCAGCUUCUUCACCGUCACCUUCCACCGGAGAAUCAAUGUCUGAUAAUCCAGUUGCUUCAAGUCCAAGCAACGCGGUUGUUCGCAGAAGCAGCUUUUUCAUGCUACCAUUCUUUGCUGGUGCUGCACUGCUUCUUGCAUAAACAAAGUUGAGAGUUCUUGAUUCAACUUCAUGUAGACCAAGUCACAAAGAUAUGCAAUCGUGUAUCUUAUUUUGUUUUCCUUUCUAGCUUCUAUUUUUUUUCCCUUUGUUAUGUCGUUUAAAUAAUAUUUUAGUGGAUGAUAUAUUGUUCUGUAUUUUGUUAUUGAACUGUUAGGGACAGUGGUGACCAAACAUUGCAUAUAUAUGUAUAUGUAUAUGUUGGUUUCAUUUGUUAUACCUUGUAGCAUUUUGUAGUAUACUAAAUAAGAGAGAUUUGGUGACUUCUACUUCUUCUA